CUGAACCAGUUUGUAGAAAGAGUUUGACCAAGAUGAAGGUGUUCAUAGUACUAGCGCUGUGCCUGGCAGCAGUUGCCGCAGGUCCCGAAGAGGACAAUUGGUUGCAGUUCAACAGACGUAUGCCUGGGGCAUACUAUAGUUUGAAGGAACCUAUCGCGAGGUCACCAGUGACAGGACGAAUUGUGGGAGGCGUUGAUGCCGAAAUUGAAAACUACCCAUACCAGCUUUCUUUGCGCCGCACUGGAUCUCACAGCUGUGGAGCUUCAGUUAUCUCCGACCGCUGGGCCUUAUCGGCUGCUCAUUGUACUUUCCCAACGCCAAAUGUAGCUACUAUUACUCUACGUGGAGGCACUGCCAAUCGAUUGGAAGGAGGUAUCAUUUUCGAUGUUGAAUUGAUCCAGAACCAUCCUCAGUAUGAUGAUUGGACCUUGUUAAACGAUAUCUGUGUGCUUCGUACUGUGCAGAAUUUGCAGGGACCCAACAUUGCUCCAAUCACUCUGGUGCCCGCUGAUACCUAUUAUCCAGGUGGAACUCGCGCUGUGCUGUCAGGAUGGGGCCUCACGAGCGUACCCGGAUCGCUGCCAGUCACUCUACAGACGGUUGACAUCCCAGUGAUCGAUCAAGAAACAUGCCUUGGUGGAUGGCCGGCAGGAUGGGUCACCGACGAUAUGCUUUGCGCUAGCGAGCCAGGUCGCGAUGCUUGCAAUGGAGACAGUGGUGGUCCUUUGGUCACUGGAGGACGCCAGAUCGGUAUUGUCUCUUGGGGCAGUUCCAACUGUCUUGGGAACGAACCUGGAAUUUACGCUCGCGUUGCUUACCCGCUUCUGCGCAACUGGGUUUCGGAAGUCACUGGAGUCUACUACCACGUAAGUCGUUACCCUCCAGUAGAGUACGGAGUGACAAUGAAGGCCUUUAUCGUUCUAGCACUGUGCGUGGUGUCCGCGUUUGCCGGUCCCGAAGAGGAUCUCUGGCAGAAAUACAACAAGCUUCGCCCUGCCGGUUUGGAAGGAUACGAAGUACCAACGUACGAGGGAAGAAUUGUAGGAGGAAAUGAAGUCGGAAUUGCAGCCUUCCCAUACCAAUUGUCGCUUCGUCACAAUGGCAACCACAUCUGUGGUGCAUCCGUCAUUUCCGGCACAUGGGCCUUAUCCGCUGCUCACUGUACCGUAGCUCCAGUUAGCGCUGGAAGUGCUUCUCUGCGUGGAGGAAGCGCUAGCCGUCUCUCCGGAGGAGUGAUCUUUGCUGUGGCUCAAAUCGUUAAUCAUCCUCAAUACAAUAGCAACACCCUUAAUAACGAUGUUUCGGUUCUGCGAACAACCACAUCGUUUACUGGAGCUAACAUCUCUCCAAUCACUAUUGUCCCGAGUGGAACCAACUUUGCUGGUGGUACCCGCUCCGUUGUUUCUGGAUGGGGUCUGACUGUUCCUGGAGGAUCUCUCCCAACCAACUUGCGUGCUGUUGACAUCCCCGUCGUAACUAUCGCCACUUGUCGCAGCCAGUGGGGAACCGCAGCUAUUUCUGACAACAUGGUUUGCGCCGGAGAACCAGGACGUGACUCGUGCAACGGAGACAGUGGUGGUCCACUCGUUACUGGAGGACGCCAGUUCGGUAUUGUUUCGUGGGGUGCAGUCCAGUGCGGUGGAUCCUUGGCUGGAGUCUACGCUAACAUUGGUGCUGCUAGUGUACGCAACUUCAUCAGCGCGAACACUGGUGUGUAAAAUAGUAAAUUGAUCAAUA